AAAUGAUGAAAACCAAAAAAGCUGAAAUUUUUGGAAACGCGCUUGCCAGUUGCCGGUUAACUUUGCGUCUUUUGAUAAUUUUAAUUGAUUUAAUGAUCAACUUUUGAUACUAAAAGUGAACUGAAGAACUGAUCGUUUCUAGGAGAACCGCAGAGCUUUCUUAUUCAAGUGUUGUUUCAAUUAAGACUCAGUUACACACAAUUUCCAAUCAUGGCUGGUAUGCCCUUAAAUCCGAAACCCUUCCUCAACGAAUUGACCGGCAAAGCAGUAGUUGUUAAAUUGAAGUGGGGCCAUGCGUAUGAAGGUUAUUUAGUAUCCGUUGAUUCGUACAUGAACGUGUUAUUGGCCAGUACGCAGGAAAUUAUAAACGGAGAAAUAACCGGCGAAAUCGGUGAUGUGCUGGUACGUUGCAACAAUAUCCUCCAUAUUAGAAAAUCGAGUAAUCCGAGGUUUAUGGUCGAAUAAUUUUACGUCAUUUAUUCUUAAUUUUGGUAAUUUUGUAAAUAUUUUUAAUAUAUAAAUUUUAAUGUUCUA